ACAUAAUAAAACUGACGACUGACUCGUUAUAUUCAAAUACUUUACCCUAAUUUGAUUACUGUAUCUUAACCUUACAUAGAGAGGAGUAGGCGUUUACAUUCAGUAGAUGUAAUAUUGAUUGAAGUGUAGCCUAUAUCAUGUAUGACAAUGAAGCAAUCUAGACCAUGUCUGCUCUACGUGGGGUUAGCGGUUAUUAUCGGAUCCAUCCUUUUCGUGGUGGGACUUCUGAUCGGAUUAUACGGAAUCUCAAAUGGACCGUGCUCGACCUCGUCAUCGACGUCGAUUGAAGAUGAAACAAUCGGUGGUAUGAUGAUCGAUGAAUGCAAGGCAGAAUACAUCGAGCAAAAUCUCAAACUAUUAAGCAGCCGACCUCAUUUGGCGGGAACACCAGCUGAGAAGGAGAAUGCUGAGAUGCUUGUUAAUCUCUGGACUGAGUACGGAUUCGAUUCGGUUCGGUUACUACCCUAUGAUGUUCUAUUGGCUUAUCCUGAUCCUGAUAAUCCGAAUACGGUGAUGAUAACAGAUAAUGGAGUAGGUGUCUUCACCAGUGCUCUCACUGAGGCUGUUCUUCGACCUGAAGAUAAUAAUACAGAUGUUGUACCACCAUUCAAUGCAUACUCAGCACAGGGAGAACCAGAGGUUUACCAUCAUUUUUUGGUCCAGGGGCCUCUUGUAUACGUCAAUCAUGGUACAUCAGAUGAUUUUGACUGGCUAGCCAAGAACAGACCAGACAUCAAUAUUAAUGGUUCAAUCGUCAUCGUCAAAUAUGGCAAAGGUUUCCGUGGACAUAAAAGUCUCAAACUGAAGAAGUAA